AUGCUGGAACUAAAAACAGAGAUUAUUGAUGAAUCCGCGUCUAGUGCAAUACUUGAUUUACACGAAACAGAACGUUUAGAAAUUAAAGGAAGCUCAGUAAAUUACUAUGUGAAUGAUCAUUUGAAUCGAACGUUUGAUUACAGCCUGGAUGGUCAACAAGUGCGAGCGGCACUGAUUACAACGUUUGAUAAAAACAAAAAGGCAAUUGUAGUUAUUCUAGAUGAUAUUGGAUACAUUUAUUAUGUUAAUGAUCAAAAUAAUGACACGUACAUUGUGAAUAUUCCGUUUUCCACGAAAAGCGCUUGGUCUUCUCCAAAGGGUAUUUACUUGGAACGUCUCCAUGCUGAUAGCGAAGACGAUGGUUGGCCGCGCAUAUUUUGUUUAAACGGGCCUCUAGACGAGUUGAGUCUGAUUCGCGUCGAAGGAAAAAAGAAGCUUUCGGCCCAUGAUACCAUUGUUUACAUUGUGAAUGACAUCGUCCUUACCCAUAAUGAGAAAGAAAAGAGACUUUCUUUUUGGAGAAGCAGAUUUUCGGAUACAAAUGCGCAUACUGUUGGUCAGAGAUCUCGGGGAAAACGGAGAUCUAGUGUCCUCUCGAAGGACAAGCUGUCUGAAAUCACACGCUCAGAGUCUUUGUACUACUCGGCCAAUGAUUCCAUGUUCAACAAAUUUGAGGAAGAAGGUUUUGUAUACUCUUCCGUUUUUUCACAUAUUGAAUCGUUCCCCAUGAGCUCUGUAAGUUCAUUUGAUUCCAUUAUUGUCAAUGGAGUCCUUGUUAUCUUUUCUCUUGUUAAAGAACUCCAAAAAGCUUAUAUGAUGAUAUUCCGUCUCGUACAAGGAAAACCUCCUUAUUUUCUUGAUUCUUUACAGUUACAUGCUACCAAUAUCGCAGCACUGAAAUCCAAACAUUUCCAAAAAAUUGUGGUUCUUUCUGCUAAAGGCAAGGUUACUCUGGAAUCCCCCAUGUCGCCUUCACUUACCUUAGAAGGAACGUUUUGUAAUUUCUCUGUCCGUGGUGCUUCUCUCUAUUUGAUGGAUACACAAGGAAAGCAGAGGUAUCUUUCUGUCGAUCGAAACGUGUCCAACAGUCUUGUUAACUGGUCAUUUACUAUCUUACGGCACGUUUUACCGCUCCGUGAAUAUGAAAUCUUCUACACCGGUUACUUGUUUUCCCUAUUUACUUAUAAACUUAAUGAUGAUGAAGCAUUUUUCUCAGCAGUUUUAGCAUGCUUUUUCUUCUUUUCGCCUAUCCGAGAACUUCCAAAAACAACAGAUACCCUGGAGGAAGCGAUUAAUCUUUCAUCUUUAAUACAUUUCAAGAAAGAAAUAGAGAUUGCCAUAUUGCUUUCCUCAGAAUUUGAUUAUUCUUCUUUUAAACAGAUCCUCCCGCUUAUUAGUCUAUCACUACAUUUCAUAUCUGAGGAGUUGAGGUUAGAUGUUACUGCAAAACCAAGAAAAGAUUAUUUGGUGUCCUUUUUAUACCAAUUAAGUCAUUUGACAGGCUGGGUUCGCUUUGCUGAGUAUUAUGAGCUUGAUGUCUCAGGCACAUGUAAAAUUGAACCGGUAUCAUUGCAAAUACAAAUUCAGGAACCAAAUGAAUUCCCUUCAAUAUAUAAAUGGAUGAUUGAAUGUCUUUACCAUCAGAAAAUCUCAAGCUUUUACAGUCCUGAAGUAUAUGGCUUACCAUGUUCAUGCUAUUCCCUAUUCACUCAAAGCUAUGCUAUUUUUCAGCUCUUUGAUUGCUUGUUUAACGAUCAAAUGUCAUUGCAUAAUUUUGUCGAAGAGAUGGUGCGACUUGGUAUAACAAGGAAUCGCGUUGAAAGAUAUCCUUCAGGUAUUGCAUCCAUUUUAUACACUAUUUUGGACAUGUGUGCUUAUGACUUUCCAGGAUAUUGGGGAAGCGAAGAAUUACAAAUUGUCAAUCGUUUGGAUGUUGAUUGUUUUCUACAUCCUAAAAAAUCGAAUUGGUUCCUAUCUACUUCAACAGAAGAAAACAAGGAUAUAAGAGUAUUAACAAAUUCUGUGACUGAUUUCACGCUUAAUGAUCUCACAAGUGCCCAUGCUAAGCAGUCUUAUGCUGAUAUGAUUUAUCGUGAGGACCGUCGGUUAGCAGAGGUUGAGCAGUUGCUAUGCUAUUCCAAACAGAUCAGCGUUAUGACUGAUCAAUUUGAUAUUGAUCUGAGUUCAGUCACGAUGCAACAAAAACUAGCACAAUCAAUAUGCAUAAGAAGUCUAGCAAUACCUAUAGGAACUGGCAUGCUAACGUAUGGUACCAAAAACCCUCUUCCCACUGAACGAAUAAGUCCUCUUCCUUUCAAAUUCACUGUUCAUCUUCACCCUGGUACUUUAUUGAUUAAUCCCGAUAAAGAUUUUGUAACAUCUUCAUUAACAGAAUGGCCCGAGUUUCAUGUGGGUGUCUCUCAAGGUCUCACGGUUUCUCGAUCGUCCAAAGAAGUUAAUACCAGCUGGAUAAUGUUCAAUAGACCUACUACUCUUUCACCCUUUCACGCUGGGUUUUUGCUUGGUUUAGGACUCAAUGGUCAUUUGAAAGAACUAGCUACAUGGCAUUCCUUUAUCUACUUAACUAGUAAGCACGAUAUUACAAGCAUUGGGCUGCUUUUAGGAUUAUCAGUAUCCUAUCUCGGCACAAUGGAUGCAAAGGUUACCAAACUGUUAAGUGUGCAUGUAUUGGCACUACUACCUAUGGGGUCAAGCGAGUUAAAUAUUUCGCCUUUGACACAGACUGCAGGAAUUUUGGGAAUUGGGCUACUAUUUUACGACUCUUGCCAUAGACGAAUGUCAGAAAUUACCAUGGAGGAAAUUUUAACGCCCGAACAAAACCAGUAUAAAAACGAAGGCUAUAAGCUCUCUGCAGGGUUCGCUUUGGGAUUAAUAAACCUUGGUAAAGGCUCGAAUCUUCCAGGAAUGGCGGAUUUAAAGCUAGUGUCAAGACUGCAGAUGGGCAUAUCCAGUCAACCUGCUUUCCAAUCUUUGGAAACCGGAUCCCCUGGGGCAAUAAUGGCGCUAGUUUUGAUCUACUUAAAAACAAACGAUGUCGAAAUUGCCAGCAAAGUUGAUAUUCCGAAAUCUAGAUAUUUACUUGACUUUUAUCGACCGGAUAUUAUUCUUUUACGAGUUUUGGGGAAAAAUUUGAUUAUGUGGGAUGAAGUUAAAGCAGACUUUGAAUGGGUGAAAAGCCAAAUACCAGAAAUAAUGAUUUCACAAUUUGAUUUACGUGAAAAGAGUAUAUUAUCUUCGGAUGAUCUACUAUUGUAUAAUGUGAUAAGUGGCAUUUGUUUUUCACUUGGACUUCGUUUUGUUGGUACAGGAAACCUAAAAGCAAAGGAAAUUCUUAUCAACUUUUUGGAUAAUUUUAUCCGGCUUUGUCGUUUACCAGCAAAGACUUAUGAUGAAAGGGUCACCUCUGUUACCGUCGUCCGUUGUACUCACGUAGUAGCUCUUUCGGUCGCAUGUGUAAUGGCAGGAUACUGCGAUUUGGAAGCGCUUCAGAGACUUCGGUUGCUGCAUGGAAGAAUUGAACCCGCGAACUAUGGUGCUCAGAUGGCUACGCACAUGGCACUUGGAAUUUUGACGUUAGGAGAAGGUCGCUAUUCUCUGUCUCACAGUAAUUUGGCAAUUGCAGCAUUAUUGGUUUCUUUAUACCCCCAAUUUGCAAAAAAUACACAGGAUAAUCAUUCACAUUUGCAAGCUUCUAGGAACCUUUGGGUGCUUGCUGUUGAAGAGAGAUGUUUAAUUCCUAGGGAUCAGGAAACGAAGAAGCCUUGCGUAAUUCCGAUGAAAAUAUGCCACAAGAAUGGUACAAUACAAAAUUUUGAAGCACCAGGCCUUUUACCUUGUUUAGAUAGUAUACACUCCAUAACGACGUUAAGUUCAAAACACUGGAGGUUGAAUUUGGACUUCGAUGCAAAUACCACUUAUCGUGAUUUGUUGCAACAAUCACAAAUCCUAACACUGGUGCCUUAUGACGAUACGGACCCUAAAAGCGAAUCUUCAAAUUUGCUGAGCCAAAUAGACAAAUCCACUAAUCCUAUUUGGGACUUGGUGAAAACGAGCAGUUUAUUUGAAGGACCAAAGAAUGCAUUGAAUCAAGCGACUCAGUCCAAAUCUCGUACAAACAGCGCACUUUCGACUAAAUUAUCGCUUACUAUGUCGUUAAAUAAGCUUUCAAAUGAUCAGCUUACGAGCGUUCAAAUUUUGUUACAAUUUUUUAAAUCUUGCUGGAAUGGUAUCUUGAAGGAAAAGUUUCAAAAUCGUCAAUACUCGUUUUUAUCUCGUGAAUUUGUUGAAGACUUGAGCCUUCGAGUCUGGGAACUUGUGCAUGCUGUUUCUAAUACGAAUAAUGAUUAA